UCAAGGUAGUUUUUAAUUAGUUUCGUGACAUUGUAUCCAUUCAAAAAAAAGUGUCGUAAUUUUUUAAAAACAGCUAUACAUCAUUGUCGAUUUCUAUAUUUUAAUGUGUACCUAUAUAUGUAUAUAUAUGUGUAUACAUGGAUAUGUAUAUAUAUGAAAAAAUUAUAAUGAAGUUCGCUUAUUGUUAAAUUUAAUUCAAGUAAAAGUGCGCGAUGGUACAAGAAGUCGAAGUUCAAGACAGGAGGUUAUUUGUUAACAAAAAGACAACCAUAAUCGAUUGGAUUGAUUAUGUUGAUGCAUCGAUAACGUACGAUGACUUCUUUUCGAAAUAUUUAAUGGAGAAUAAACCGUGUAUUUUUAAAUCGAAUAUAACUGAAAAUUGGUCCUGUAAAAGACAAUGGAAUCUAGAUGGUGCACCGGAUUUCGACGUCCUUGAUAUAUCGUUUGGAGAUUGUAUAGUACCAGUUGCAGAUUGUAAAAAAAGAUAUUACAAUUCACAGUCUAAAGAUGAUAUGAAAAUGAAAGAUUACUUAGAUUAUUGGAUGGAUUAUGCAAAAAACAAUUAUUCAGAUUCUAUGGCGCUUUUGUACUUAAAGGACUGGCACUGUCAGAAAUUAUUCCCCAAUGCUCCUAUGUAUACAGUUCCUGAGUAUUUUGCAUCCGACUGGCUAAAUGAAUAUUACAUGGCACAUCCUGAUUUAAAUGAUGAUUAUAGAUUUGUAUAUAUGGGUCCAAAAGGAACAUGGACACCAUUGCAUGCAGAUGUAUUUGGAUCAUACAGUUGGUCUGCUAAUAUAGUUGGAAAGAAACGUUGGUUACUUUUCCCUCCAGGUCAAGAAGAUUUUCUUAGAGAUAUACAUGGUCAAUUAAUAUAUGAUGCAACAUCCAAAGAACUUGAAAACUAUGCUGUAUAUAAGGCCUAUGAUAAGCGAUCGAUAAAAUAUAUUGAUGUAAUUCAGAAGGAAGGUGAAAUUAUAUUUGUACCAUCUGGCUGGCACCAUCAAGUUUGGAAUAUAGAGGAUACAAUUUCUCUCAAUCAUAAUUGGAUCAAUGGUUGUAAUAUUAUAAAUGUGUGGCAUGGAUUAAAAAAGGAAUUAAACUCUGUAAUGAAAGAAGUUAGUGACUGUAAAGAUAUGAGCAAUUGGGCAGAACAGUGUCAAUUAAUAUUGAAAUCAACAUAUGGAAUGGAUUAUAACUUAUUCUUUAAUUUUCUGACAUUUAUAGCUAAACGUCGUUUAAGCAUGGUUUUAAAAAAAGAGGAUGUAAUUACCUUUAAUAGAUAUAAACUCGGAUUUAGCCAUUGCGUAUUCGAUCUCCAUUCAAUAAAAUUGACAUUGAUAGACUUUAUUAAUGAUAUGGAAGAGAAAUCUAUUUAUUAUUUAAUUUGUGAAAAACAGCAAGCCCAUAAAUUGUUGAACAAGCUGUUAUUAUUUUUUCAAUCAUAUGACUCAACCGAACACUCAUCUACAUGAUAAAAGACAAAAAAAUUAAAAAUGAAAUAAGAAAAUAAAAAUCUUGUUUCUGUUUAUAUAAAUGUAAAUAUUAUGAUGUAAAUAAUGUAAUACAUAUAAUCAACAAAUUUUUAUAUAAAUCUGUAAAUAUUGAAUAUGAGCAACCACGUAAUUUUUAAGAACAAAA